GUUUUUUAUGUGUCAGUCGCUAGGGGAAGCCAUCGUGGUGAUGCAUGGACACACACUCAUCUAGAUUAAUAUACUGCUCAGGAUGUUGCAGCCGCAGCAGCCCAUCACAGGCAACGGGCCCAGCGCAAGCCGCGGUCUCGGCUUGAACGUCCACCCGGGAAUGCAUCCCCUUAACCCGGUGCACCCGCCUUCUCAACACCGCCCAGAUGGAGACCCCGCCGGCCUCGAAGGCACCGAAAAUGGACACAACAACCGCCGAGACAUUGGAGACAUCCUGCAACAGAUCAUGACGAUUACCGACCAAAGUUUAGACGAAGCUCAAGCAAAAAAACACGCUUUAAACUGUCAUCGGAUGAAACCGGCUUUAUUCAGCGUCCUGUGCGAAAUUAAAGAGAAAACUGGUCUUUCUAUGAGAAAUGCUCAGGAGGAGGAGCCUCCAGACCCACAGCUCGUACGAUUGGACAACAUGCUGCUGGCCGAAGGUGUGGCCGGUCCUGAAAAGGGGGGCGGAGCCGCUGCGGCGGUCUCUGCCGCGACCAGCUCUGGCGGGAUGUCACCUGACAGCUCACUGGAGCACUCCGACUAUAAAAGCAAGUUGAGCCAAAUUCGGAACAUUUACCACACAGAGCUGGAAAAAUACGAGCAGGCCUGCAGUGAGUUCACCACCCAUGUUAUGAACCUGCUGAGGGAGCAGUCUCGCACCCGUCCCGUGUCUCCGCGUGAGAUCGAGCGCAUGGUGGCCAUCAUCCACCGCAAGUUCAGCUCCAUCCAGACGCAGCUCAAACAGAGCACCUGUGAAGCGGUCAUGAUACUGCGCUCACGCUUUCUGGACGCCAGGCGUAAACGGCGCAACUUUAGUAAACAGGCCACAGAGGUCCUGAACGAGUAUUUCUAUUCCCAUCUCUCAAACCCGUACCCGAGCGAGGAGGCCAAAGAAGAGCUGGCCAAGCAGUGCGGUAUCACUAUGUCUCAGGUGUCCAACUGGUUUGGCAACAAGAGGAUUCGCUAUAAGAAGAACAUUGGGAAGUUCCAGGAAGAGGCCAAUCUGUAUGCCAUGAAGACGGCCUUAGGGGCGACACAGAGCGAGGAAUCCCCCCACACUCCAAACUCCACGGGCUCAGGGUCGUUCUCGCUGUCAGGGUCAGCUGACUGCUUCCUAGGAGUUCCUCCAAUGAACGGAGAGCAGCCGUCCUAUCACAUGGGGGCUCAGGAUGCUCAAUCACGCUUCUCAGACAGACUCUAUAGUACCAGAGAGAGCCGGACUAAUGGUAGCUGGCAGGAGCAGAACACGCCACCCUCGGCCACUUCACCCGGCAGCGAUCACUCCGACAACUCUGACUGAUGAACUCCUGCCACCAGGACGAAAGAAUGAUGCUCACUCCUCCACCCUACUGCAGUUUUAGUUAGUCACGUUUUUGUUUUUAGAAGCUCAUUAUUGGACUGAAAUACAAGCAGAAAUUUUCUGUGUAAAUCGUUCAUACAGCUGUUCUUUUGAAAAUUGGCGUAGUCCAUUCAAUACGGUAAUUUACAAAAGAAUGGGCCGUAUUCAUGAAGUAAAUUGUUUGUAAAAUUGUCAUUUUUUUGCAUUGACUUCAAUGUGAGCAGAACUGAUUUCAGUCAAAAUGUCGUGUGUGUGUGUGUAUGUAUAUUUGUGUG